AUGAGUCCUAAUACUGUUAUUCAGUCAGGAAACAGUAAAAGCAAAGCCAAUAAUAACGAAAAUAAUACUGGCGACAAUAAAAAAACCAACAAAGAAAAUAACAACAAUAAUAAUUCUGAAAAUAACCAGCAGCCCUUGAAAAAGAGAAAGAAAAGAAAAUAUAGCAGAGUUGGUUGUAAAGAAUGCAGAAGAAGAAAAAUUAAAUGCGAUGAAGGUAAACCCGAAUGUUGGCAAUGCCAUCAUUUAAAUAAAAAGUGUGUUUAUGAAAACAUUAUCAAAUUCAGUAGUGUUAAUCAUUUUAUUAUUAAUAAUCUACCCAAUGAUAACAAUUCUACUUCAACCACUUCAAAUACUCAAAAUACUUCAAACACUAUAAACCUGAAUUCUAAUAAAAAUUCUAAUAAAAACUCGAAUACCAAUAUUUCUGCUCCUGUUUCUGCUUUUGCUUUUGUUUCUACUUCUACUUCUACUCCUGCUCUUACUCCUUCUCUACCUGCAACUCAAGUCCCUAAUUUUAACAACAUCAUCAAAUUUGAAAAUUCAACAUCUAAAAAACCUCUUUCUAAACCUAGAAAUGUUAAUAUAAAACUGAAACCUCAAUCAUCCACAGCUAAAAAUCUUAAUAAUAAAAAUAAUAACAUUACUAACAAGAUUGACUCUAAUGACAUUCAAUCCGCUAAUCAAAAUCCUCAAAAUCCUCAAAACCCCCAAAACCCUUCGAAUGAAAGCCCAACUCUCACUGUUCUUCCAAAUAUAAAAACAAUUUUAAAUUUAAAAAAUAUUACAAAUCAAGAAAAUCAACACGAGACUCAGAAUCAAAGUCAAAAUCACAACCAAAUUCAAAAUCAAAACAUAAAUUCACAUUUACAUUCAAACACAACUGCAAAUCCAAAUCCAAAUUCAAAUUCAAAUUCAAAUUCAAAUUCAAAUUCAAAUUUAAGCUCCCCUUUGAUUUCUUCUCAAAGAAUGGGAUUCAUGCUAAAUUCUCAACAAAACAAUCAAAGUAAUCAAAAUAACCAACACGUUCACGACAUAAAUUUUAACAGCCCAUUUAAUUUCAAUUCUAAUAAUUUUUCAAAUUCUCAUCAUUUUAUUAACAAUGCCAAAAAUAUCAACACAUCCAACUCAAAAGAUAAAAAUUUAGUCUCUCAACAUAAUAAUAAUAACGAACUUAGAAAUCCUAAUCCUACUGCGACCACUACUAUAAAUAGUACCACAAAUGAUAGUACUAACACAAAUUUUGUUUUACAAAAUAUAUAUAAUAACAACAAUAAUAAUUCUCUUGAAAGUAGCAUAGAGCAAAAUUUAGACUCAUUAGAAGAGGAUCUAUUGGGAAAUGCUGAUGCUUUAACAACAAAUAUAAAUUACAUGAUAACAUCAAAUUCUUAUAACUCAGCAUAUUUCCAAAAUAAUCUGAUUAAUAAUGAAAAAAACAUCAACAAUCAUAAUAACAAUAACAGUGGCUUAUUACCCUUUUUGAACUCUGAUAAUCAGGAUGUUUUUCAAAUUGAUGAUUUUAUAAAUGAGUUGUUAUCAUUACCUUCAUCUAAUGAUCUUUAUUUACAAAAUGAUAAUAACAAUUUAAUCUUCCCUGAUUAUAAUAAUUUGAACUUUGAGUAUAUGAAAAAAAAUGACAAAAGUCUUUUUAGACAAUCUGAUCAGAACAUUAAUUCUUUUAACAACAUGAAUUUAGUUAAUUACAACUAUUCUAAUCAGAGAUCAUCAGAAAAUAGCAACGCCAAUAUUAACGCUAUUAACAACGUAAAUUCAAAUACCAAUAUUCACAAUAACAGUAAUUUUGGCAAUAGUGUUGGAAAUAAUUUUAAUCAUUUGAAUAAUUCUGGCAUUCAAGAAAGUGUCAAUAGCAAUCAUAACAUUACAUUGAUCUCCAAAAAUAAUAAUAAUUCUGGUACAAAUAAUAUCUUUAAUAAUCAUGAAGGCUUUAUCAAUAAUUUGAAUAACAACACUGCUUUCUUUCAAAAAGCUGAUACUAUUCAAAACAAUCAAACUAGUAUAAAUUACUUUAGAAAUUCUAAUAAUUUGCUUGAUAAUAACAAUAACAAUGAUGAUAAUAAUCACAAUAACAAUAAUAACAAUAACAAUAAAAAUGGCAGUAAUAAUCGCGAAGUUGGAAAUUCAAGUUUUAGAAAAAAUAAUACUGUAGUAAAAGAUGAUAAUAAACCUCGUCUUAAAAUGUUAGCUAAUCAUGUUUCAUUGACCAAAAGUGACAAUGUUUUGUUAAAGUUUCUUUCUGAAAGAAGAACCAAGUUUAAAGACAUUAAUAAUAAUUUAAUUUCGAAAAGUUUAAUUGAAAAUUAUUAUUAUUAUAAAGACUAUUUGCGAUAUAAGCCAAUUAUAUUGAAAUCAAUGUUAAAAUCUGUUCCAAUAACAAUUUUUGAUACAAUUAAUCUUAAUCACCAUCAUUUAAGCUAUUUGAGGAAAUUUUUCGAUGAAGUUAGUUUGAAGAUGUUACCAUUUGCUUGCACUUCAAGUUAUUAUCCUCCCGAGUAUUAUUUAUUAGACAAAUUGGCUCAAUUUAAUAAAUUAAAGUCUGGAUUUAAGUUUCUUGAUGAACAUCAAAAGAAUAAUAAUCCAUUGAUUGAGCAAAAUCCAAUUCGAGAUCUUUUAUUAAUUCAGAGUAAAAACUGUCCGUAUCUUUUGUCAUCGUUGUUAGCUAUAACGGCCAGGCUUGAAUUUCUUAAGAGCAAGAAUAUUCAGGAUGAAACGUAUAGAAAGAAUUAUUUGAUCAGUUGUUUGAAGAAUUUGAAUGAUAAUUUUAAAACAUUGAAGAUUCAUCAGGAACACUUAAAUGAUUCGACUACAUCGGGGGAGCAUUCUGUUGAUUCUAUUCAUGGCGAGAAUAAAGAAAGCAAUUCAUUUCCAUUGAAGCCUAAGAUUCUUCAAAAUAUUGACACAUUAAUUAUAACAGCACUUUUAUUGACUAUUGAGUCGACCAUAACUAACAAUAGUAAUGAUUUCAAGUCAUGGAGGAAUCAUCUUCAAGAUGCCAAAGUGUUAUUGAUGAAUUACUUGAAGUAUUUUAAUAGUAAGAAAAAGGCUGCGAUAGAGAAUAGAUCUAUUAAUAAUAAUAAUAAUAAUAAUAAUAAUAAUAAUAAUGAUAAUGAUAAUAAUAAUAGUGAUAGAAGUAGUUCAGGGAUUGGUAAUGAAGAGGGGAAGUUGACAUUAUCACCAAUGAUAACAUUUGCAAAGAUGAUUUUUAUGAGUGUUGAGUCGUUAGCGACAUUGACUAAUGAUUCUGAUGACCAUGAUUAUGGGAAGAAGAAUUACCAGAGAGAUAAGUAUCAUGGGGGGUCAUUGAAUUCCAUAGCAGAUGUUGAGUUGUUGUUAUUUGCAUCGAAACGAAGAAAAAAUAAAGAGAAAAAUGAAAUGGAAAGGGAUACAGAUGACGAAAAUGAAAGCGAGAGUGAUGAAGAUGGACAACUGACUAAUUAUCAAGACGAUGAUGAGGUUAUAACGUUAAAGAAGAUUGGGUUGAUUACAUUAAAUGGGUAUAAUUUGUAUUUGGGACGAUCGCAAGAGGCGAUUCUGUUGAUGAAGGCGAUUAUAAAAGUCAUUGAAGAAGGAAAACGAGAGGAUUCGAAAGGUGAAGAUUUCAGAGAGGUGGCUGAUGGGAAGAAAAUGAUGGGAAAGGAAGAGGAUAAGUAUUCGUAUUCUACAUUGUACAAGAGAAAUAAAAGGAUAUUGCACAUGUCUAGAUUAAUAUCAGAUUCUAGGAAUUUUAAGAUUGCAUCAAGAUCGUGUAUAAUAUCCAAGAAAAAUAAGUUUCAUCCGUUUUACAAGAAUCAACGACAACAUGAUAAGGUUGAUAUUGAAGGAAAUAAUUUCAAUAUUCGAUUACCAUAUUCAUGUUAUGGGUUUGGGUUAAGAAAAAACACGAAGAAUGGGAAAGCUGAGAAAUUUCUUUAUUCAUGGUAUGAUUUAUGUCACCAGGUUCAUGUGAAUGCAUUGUCGAUAAAGGUUUUUCGGUUGAAAUACUUGUACAAUUUUUCCAAAUACAAUGAAUUGGUUCAAGAAAUGGUGGUUGAUUCAUUGAAGUUAUAUUUUUUUCUUGAAUUGGAUUUGAUAGCCAAUGGGAAGGAUGAAAAAACAAAAGCAGAUGGUAGUAGGAGAGAUGGAGAUGGAAAUAGAAAUAGAAAUAGAAAUAGAAAUGGAGAUGGAGAUGGAGAUGGAGAUGGAGAUGGAGAUGGAGAUGGAGAUGGAGAUGGAGAUGGAGAUGAAGAUGAGGAUUUUGAAAUACCGGCAGAGCACAAAGAAAGGAUAUUCAAGAAGAUUGAAGACGACCACAGAUUGACGACAAUGCACUGGCCCAGCAUCAUGGUUGGGCUCAACUGUGUGAGAAAAAAGCAUCAGAAGAUCAUUGAGUUCUACUUUGAGUGUCUCAUGCACUUGAACAACGGGAGCUCGACGUCGUCGCUCCGGAAGUUGAAGAGGGUCUGGAAGACGGAGCAGGACCGGAAGGAGCGGGCCGAGGGAGCGCUGGUGCAAGAGGAGGAAGAGCUGCUGGAGAUGGAUGAGACCCUUUUUAAAGACUCAGACUUUGUGCCAUUCUUCUGA